AUGGGCCAUUGAUAGAUAGGAAAGCCCAGAAUUGAACACCUCCUUCAAUGGGUUAGCCAUAUAAAACCCUAAACCCUUUCCAUUUCUUCUUCUUCAACCCUUCAACUUCGUAAACCCUAAACCCUCGUUCGACGUCUGUGCAUUCAAGAUCUUGAGAAUCUAGAAAUAUGAAUUUGAACAAUGUUAAGGUUCCGAAGUUGCCUGGUGGUGGUGCUGCUUCUGCUUUGUUGAAAAUUGGGAUUAUUGGUGGGCUAGGGUUAUAUGCAGCUUCCAAUAGUCUCUACAAUGUUGAAGGAGGGCAUCGGGCUAUUGUGUUUAACCGUCUGGUUGGAAUUAAAGAUAAGGUUUAUCCUGAAGGAACACAUCUCAUAAUCCCUUGGUUUGAGAGGCCAAUCAUAUAUGAUGUCCGUGCACGACCAAAUCUAGUGGAGAGUAGUUCUGGGAGCCGAGAUCUCCAGAUGGUUAAAAUUGGUCUUCGAGUUCUCACACGUCCAUUACCAAAUGAGUUACCUACAUUGUAUAGAACACUCGGUGAAAAUUAUAAUGAAAGGGUUCUGCCUUCAAUCAUUCAUGAAACUCUAAAAUCUGUAGUCGCUCAGUAUAAUGCCAGCCAACUUCUUACGCAACGAGAGGCUGUAAGUAGAGAAAUCCGAAAGACUUUGACUGAGAGAGCAGCCCAGUUCAAUAUUGCUCUUGAUGAUGUGUCCAUAACAAGUUUAACUUUUGGAAAGGAGUUUACAGCUGCAAUCGAAGCCAAACAAGUGGCUGCCCAAGAAGCCGAAAGAGCCAAAUUUGUUGUGGAGAAGGCUGAACAGGACAAGAGAAGUGCUAUAAUUAGAGCACAGGGAGAAGCCAAGAGUGGGCAGCUGAUAGGGCAAGCUGUUGCCAAUAACCCUGCAUUUAUGACAUUGAGGAAGAUUGAAGCAGCAAGAGAAAUUGCACAUACUAUUGCAAACUCAGCGAACAAAGUGUUCCUGAAUUCAGAUGAUCUGUUGCUGAACCUUCAAGAGAUGAGUUUGGAGCCCAGUGGAAAGAAGUAAGAUUAUUUCAACUCUUCAAAACUUAGAAAAGCCAUUUUGUCUGGUUUCUUUGAUUAAUUAGUGAAUGUUGGGGCAUUUACUUACGUGGAAGACUGGUUAGUGUUUGUAAACAAAAAAUUGAAUGGUUUACUAUCCAUCUCUUAUCCAACAACUUGAACCUGAGCCUGAGCCUGAGCCUGAGCCUGGCUGCCAAUUCUCAUCUACUACCCGAGGAGAUAGUUUUUUGCGUUAUAAUAAUAAUAAUUUUAGUACAUUCUUAUAUGCCA